AUGGCUUCGAACACAACGUCCGGCUCAUCGCCAGAGCGCUUCGACGAAAUAUUUUCUUCAUUUACAAAACUGUCACCCACUAUAUAUAUACGUGACAAACCGACAUCAGCGUCCCCAUCCCCUGAAUCGCCAAGGGAGACAAUAUGUCUCCUAUUCUGGAUGGACGCAGCACCCCGCCACACUGCGAAAUAUAUCAACGAAUACAUUAAAGUCCUCCCGAAUGCGCGCAUCAUUUGCAUGAGAACUCUCUCCACCGAUUUGAUGUUCAGAGGCUCGAAAAAAUCUCACCGUCUGCGUGUCGUCCCGUUGGUAAGCGCGUUGUGUGCCUCAGAUGGCCCAAUGCACUUCCACGUCUUCUCCAAUGGCGGGGUUUUUUCAUUACAUCACGUUGCCGCCGAGUAUCGCACGUCCACGGGCAAGCCUCUCCCUACCAAAUCGCUAAUUUUCGAUAGCGCUCCUGGCCGACACGCCCUCCUUGCCACCGCCAGGGCGUUUUCAUACGGGCUCCCUCAGUUUUUCCUCUUUCGGAUGGUGGGGCUCUGUGUUAUUUGGGCUGUAUUAAUAUCUCAUUGGCUGGCUUGUAAGCUUAGGAGAGAAACAAAUGCGAUUGAUCUUGCGGGGGAUGAGAUAAAUGACCCUACCCUCAUUGAUUUGGGAGCGAAGAGAUGCUAUAUAUACUCGAAAACUGAUGAACUGGUUGACUGGAAGCAUGUGGAAGAGAAUGUGGCUCAGGCAAAGUCGAGGGGCUGGGAGGUGUCGGCUGAAUUAUUUAAUGGUCCGCAUGUCGGACACAUGAGGUCUGAGCCUGAACGAUACUGGAAACUGGUUUGGGGGCUUGUAUUGCGAAAUGUUACACCCAAUGAAUAG